AUGACCAAAACCAAAUGAUUAUGCCUAGACCAGCUUUGUUUAUACAUUAAAGUAUUUUGCACAUAGCUUCUAUAGAAAGAUCUCUCCCUUGAAGCUCUCCUUUCAAUACACACACAUACGCACACUUCCUUUAUAAAAGUCUCCUGCAUAUCAUUAGAGAUUUUCUAGAGAGAGAAAUAAUGGAGCUUGCUCUAAGCUUAGGAGAUGCGCCAAAAACAAUCUCGGUUGCCGAUCAAAGCAGAUCACAGCAGCAGAAGGUGAAGGAAUUAGGGUUUUGCAUGAACGUAGGAAGCAGCAGCGCUAGCAUUAAGAUUCCAGAUCAUGAUCAGUAUAAGAACUUGAGUGAGAAAAACGAUGAUGAUAAAACAAACUGUUCUUCAUCAUCGUCGGAUCAACCACCACUUCAGCUUGAUCUCCUCCCUUUCUCACCAGCUCUCAACCAAUCUCCACCACCACCACCUUCUGGCGGCCGUCCUUUUCCAUGGCUCUCUCAAAUUUUUAUAUCAGACCCAGAUUCGAAAACUAAACGAGGAAAAGGGCUGGAUGUGAAGCCAAUAACAGCAGUAUAUGAUCCAGAUCACAAUGGUGAAGAACCCGCGACCCUUCAGUCUUCUCCUACGGAGAGUAACAGUGAUACAUCAUCAUUUCAAAUGGAUUUCUCUUCCAUUUUCAGGAGCAGCACUGGUAGCAGUAGAUUGCCAUUAAAGAAUAGGGAUUUGGAAUUAGUAACGGGGAAUAUGGAUUAUUUAGUGGGAGUUUCAGAAAGAGAUCAUCAACGAGUUUCUUCAAGACGAGGAGGGUAUGUUGGAACUAGUGAUGAAGAUGAAAAUGGGUUGGGCAGAAAGAAACUCCGACUCACUAAAGAACAGUCUGCUUUUCUUGAAGAAAGCUUCAAAGAACACAAUACCCUCAACCCUAAACAAAAGCUAGUUUUAGCAAACCAGCUGAAUCUUCGUCCAAGACAAGUUGAAGUGUGGUUUCAAAACAGAAGAGCAAGAACAAAGCUGAAGCAGACUGAGGUGGAUUGUGAGUAUCUAAAGACAUGUUGUGAAACAUUGACAGAAGAAAACAGGAGAUUGCAAAAGGAGCUUCAAGAAUUAAGAGCCUUAAAGACAUCCCAGCCUUUUUACAUGCAACAUCCUGCUACCACCCUCACCAUGUGUCCUUCCUGUGAACGAGUCGUCACCACCACUUCUACAACAACUCCAGCCAGCAAACCCACCACCACCACCACCGCAGUCCUCCAACAAACCACCAGUGACUGCCCAUCACACUAGUGGCAAAACAUCAUAGAUCGCGAUGCAUUGAUGUCAUUAUCUUCUGCUGGGAAUCAUGAAGAGCAUGGGAACAAAACACAGCAAACAGUUUGCACACCUUGCGCAUGUGUAUACAUCGAUCCUUGCCAAUGCAUUUUUCACCAUAUGUUGAUUGAUGUACGUCUUUUGUUGUUCGUCUAGAUUUAGGGGAUAUUUUAAUUAUGCAAUUGGAGGACUAUGGUUUGACCAAGAAUGAUAUAGAAGAAGAAGAAAAGGUGUCUUUUUUCUUUUGUUUAA